AGUUCAGUCAGGAUGGCAGCGUCGGGUUCCUUCCCGCUGCUGGUCGAGGGCUCUUGGGGCCCCGAACCCCCGAAGAACUUGAUCAACAAGUUGCAAAUGUACUUUCAGAGUCGGAAGAAAUCGGGAGGAGGGGAGUGCGAAGUCGUCCCGGAGCCGGGGAACCCAGCACGCUUCCGGGUGCUUUUCUUCCCGGAGGAUGUCCGGCAGAACGUUCUGGAGAAAGAGAAUCAUGAGUUAGUGUGGCAAGGAAAAGGAACAUUUAAGUUGACUGUCCAGUUGCCCCCAGACCCGGUGGAAGCCUCAGUCUCUAAGGAGACAAGGAAGGCACCUGCAGAAGAGGAGUCCAAGACAAGGGAAGAUGCUGUGAAACCAGGUGAUUUGGAUACAACACAUUCUCCCAGCACCACUGGGAAGAUGUCCCAUCUUUCGGAAGAUGUCCCGAAAGAGUGUGAAAAUACUUCCUCCAUGGUGGCAUUUGAAAACCUGCCCGAGAAAGUAUCAGAGAUGGUGCUGACCUUCCUGGUGGAGAAUAUAAGUGGCCUCUCCAGUGAUGACUUUAAGGUGGAAGUGAUCCGAGAUUUUGCUGUUGCUGUGGUUACCUUUCAGAAACCUAUAGAUACCAAAAAAUUUAUUAUUGAUUGUAUUGGCCACCGCUCAAAUCAACAACUCCAGCUUGCCCCAAGACUUCUGGAAACGACAAAUGUCGUCAGGGUAGAAAACCUGCCUCCUGGGGUGGAUGAUUACCAGCUGCAACUCUUCUUCGAAAAUCCUUUCAACGGGGGCGGAAGGGUUGCCCGAGUUGAGUGUUUCCCUGAAGAGAGUUCGGCGCUGGUUGAGUUUUGUGACAGCAAAGUGUUAGACACCAUUAUGGCCAAGAAACACAGUUUCAACAAGAUGCCGCUGUCCGUCUUCCCCUAUUAUCCCUCUCUGGGCACAGCCUUGUAUGGUGAGGAGAAGCCUCUGGUCAAGCUUCCAGCAUCUUUCCAGGAGUCUCUGGAUCUUCCUUUGUGGAAGUUCUUUCAGAAAAAUAAUCAUCUGAUUGAGGAGAUAAAUGGUGAGAUGAGGCGCUGUCACUGUGAGAUGACGUGGUCUGAAAGCAACGGUAAACUGACCUUCAGACCCGCUGCCACCUUAGUCAAUCAUAGACCAAGCAUCAAGACCUGGCAGAGAGAUGUAUCUGCAGCGCUCUCUGGGAUCAAGUCUAAAUAUGAAGUGAAGUUGUUUGAAGUGUGCUCCCCAGUAUGGGACAUCAUAAAGCAUGAAUUAGAGUUAGGAGAUGACAGAGUUUUGAUUGAGUUUGAAAAGGAGAGUCUAAACGUAGCAGGAAAAUCAGAAGACGUCCAAGGCAUUAGCCAGCAAAUCAGGGAACUAAUAGAGAGAACAACUGAAAAGCUCAGAAGGGAAGAGCAGAGUCUGACGGAGAAAGUGGCCAUUUCCCCAGGAAAGCAUUUUCUUUUGCACCACAGUGGCUUCCUGAAGGAUCUGAAGACAGAGUACCCAGACAUGGAGAUCUCUUACAACGCCACGGAUCAGUUCCUGUGCUUUAAGGGUUUUGGGGCAGAUGUGUACAAAGUAAAGUGUGACAUCCAAGAAAAGGUGUUUUCCAUGGAUCAGAAAGAUGUCCAGGUUUCUUCUGAAGUCUUCGAGUUUCUGCAGCAAACAGACAGUCAGAGACUCUCCAAGACUCUGUUCGAGGCACAGAACAUUCUUGCCACAUACGAGCUGAAAGAUACAGGUCUUUUCUUAAUUGGAAGUUCUUCCAAAGAUCUGGCAGAAGCUGAGGAAAAAAUGCUCAGUGGCUUAAGUCAUAAGCACAUUGUAGUUGAGGACAAGGAAGUUCUGAGAAGUAAUAUGUGGAAGAAGAAAAUUUUCCCUCUGCAAAAGAGACACAGUUCCUAUGCAACCAUUGUGAUCAAGAAUGAAUUGACUUCAGGAACCCUGGCUGAGGUCAUUGUUGCAGGCUGUGUGAAAGAAGUCAAUGAAAUCCACAGCCAGCUUUUUUGGUUUUUGGAAAACAACAUGAAAGUUGAAAGAGUGGUUAAAGUCGAACCAUCCUUGAUUAUUGACUAUUUAAGGACAGACAAGAGGCUGUUGUCAAAGGUAAAGAAGGCAAGUGUGCUUGUGAAUUUUAGGCCUAACGACAUUUUGCUAACUGGCUCCAAGAGCAAAGUUCUAGAGUGCAUGGAUCUAGUCAAGGAAAUCCAGGAUUCAAUCUGUGUCAAAAGAUUCCAGACUGACAAAGCUGGUGCCAGGCACUUUUUCCAGGAUAAAGAAUCGUAUUACAAAAUGGAGAUCAGACGCCUGUAUGGGUGCAUCAUUGAACUGGAGGAGGAUAAAGAGGAGGAGAGUGAAGAGGAGGAGGGUGAAGACGAGGAGGAAGACAACAUUAAGGGGCAGAAGUGCCACUUACAGGGGAACAUAGCCCCCGGGGUCAAACUGAUGGUCCUCGAGGGAGAUCUGAGUCGGUUUUCUGCCGACGUGGUGGUGAAUGCCGCGAAUGAGAACCUGAAACACAUCAACGGUCUCGCCCUGUCUCUCUCAAAGGCAGCUGGCCCCAAACUCCAAGAUGCAUGUGACCAGAUAGUAAAGGAGGACGGCAUGGUCCUACCUGGCAAUGCUGUUAUCACAGAAGCAGGCAAGCUUCCUUGUCAUUAUGUCAUCCAUGCGGUAGGGCCUCGAUGGAAGGGAGAUAAGGUCCUGGAGUGUGUGAGCCUGCUGAAGAAAGUUGUGAAACAGAGUCUCACUCUAGCUGAAAAGUACAAGUGCCAGUCCAUAGCCAUACCAGCGAUCAGCUCUGGAAUCUUUGACUUUCCCUUAGACCAGUGUGUGGCAACCAUUGUUUCAGCCAUCAAGGACAACUUCCAGUUCAAGCAAGACAGACACACCUUGAAAAAGAUUUACCUGGUGGGCCUAUCUGCAAAGGUGGCCGGGGCCUUUGCUGAAGCUGUCAAGGCUACAUGUAAAGACACCCUUUCCCACACAGCUUCCCCAUCCAAUUUAAAAGCAUUAGUGCCACUUGGGAAAAUGCCCCAGAAACAGGGCAGUCUGCUGGUGUCACCAGAAGGCCUGAGAAUCCGCCUGAUAGAAGGAGGCUUGCAGAAUGCUAAGACCCAUGCCAUUGUGAACUCUAUUUCCCCGGAUCUUAUACUCAACAAAGGACCCCUUUCUCAGGCCCUCUUGGAAAAGGCUGGGCCAGAACUUCAGGAGGAAUUGACCGAGGCAGGACAAGGGGUGUCUGUCAAUGUGGGCACAAUUCUCCAAACCAGUGGCUGUAAUCUCAACAGCCGUCACAUCUUCCAUGUGGUGACUCCACAAUGGAAAAGCAACAACAGUGCAUGGUCACUAAAGAUCAUGAAAAACAUCAUCCGUGACUGUCUGAGGACCACCGAGGACCUGUCUCUACAAUCGAUCGCAUUUCCAGCAAUAGGAACGGGAAAUUUGGGGUUUCCUAAACCUGAAUUUGCCAAAUUAAUAAUUUCAGAAGUGCUCAAAUUUAGUAGCAGGAACCAACUGAAAACUUUACAAGAGGUUCAGUUUCUGUUGCACCCGAAGGACCAUGAAAACAUUCAGGCAUUUUCAGAUGAAUUUGACAAAAGAAAUAAUGGAGAGCCUAGUGACAAAAAUCCCAAGGCUGAAGACACACAAGGUAUCUAUGGGAGUCUUUCCAGCCCCACGUUAGGAGUGCAUGAAAUGAAUAUUGGCCCAAUCCUCUUCCAAGUGGCCACUGGGAACAUCAUCAAAGAAGUGGCGGAUGUGAUUGUCAAUUCAACAUCAGCCACGUUUACUCUCAAAUCAGGGGUCUCCAAAGCAAUUUUGGAAGGUGCAGGACCAAGUGUGGAGCAAGAAUGUUCUCUCUUGGCUCAACAGGGUAACCAUGAGUAUAUAGUCACUGGAGGUGGAUUACUGAAAUGUAAGAAUAUUAUUCAUGUUGAUGGUGGGCGUGAUGUCAGGAGAUCAGUUUCCUGUGUUUUGGAAGAAUGUGAAAAACGGAACCACUCAUCCGUUUGUCUACCAGCUAUUGGCACAGGAAGUGCUCAACAGGACCCAAACACAGUAGCAAAAGCGGUAAUAGAUGCCAUUGAAGAAUUUGUCCAGAAAAAAUCAGUGCAGUGUGUGAAGAGAGUUAAAGUUGUUAUCUUCCAGCCCCAUAUUCUGGAAUUUUUUUAUGACAACAUGAAAAAAAGAGAAGGCUCUCCAGCCCCUCCCAAGCAGACGGUGAUGUCUAUGAUUGCCUCCCUUUUUGGCUUUUCCAAGCAAGCUUCCCCCAAAAAGAACACCCUGGUUUUGGAAAAGAAAAUAGAGCUCACAGUUUUCCAGGUAUGUGGUUCAAGUGUAGGCAGUGUGGACAGCGCAAUCUCCUGGCUAAAGGAUCUGAUUACCAAAGAGCAGUUUACCUACACCAAUGAGGAUGAGUGUGUCAGACACUUUGACAUUGAGGAGGUCAGUAAACUGAGUGAGAUGCAGAAGAGGCUGAACAUCACCAUCGACCUGGACCAGAAGAAACCUUCGAUUGAAGUUUCGGGAAUUAGCAGAGACGUGGUAAAAGCUCGAGAUGAGAUUGACAGCAUGGUCAAGAACAUUCGAUUGGCUAAAGAGAAGGAAAGCCAGGCAGACUAUGUCUCCACGUUUGUGGAGUGGCAAUACUUUGAUAAUAACACCACGCAGUGUUUUGACAAAAUAGCCAACAUGCAGUUGGAGGAUGCGUGGAAGGCAAAGCAGAAGAGCACAGUUGUCAAAAUUCACAAUCAGGACAUCACGGUGGACCUGAGCACAAACACAGCCAGGGCUCCCCGAGGACUGAGUUUCAAUGUUCAGCGCCUUGUCAAAGCUGAAGCUGAAAUCCCUGCCAAUUGGAGUGACAUGAAUCAGAAAAAAUUGCUUGUGGUGAAUCUUCAAACUGGCCGUACCGAAUACAACAUGGUGGCAAGUGCCUUCCAUCAGACCUGCUCAAACUUUGUCAUAGAGAAGAUUGAAAGGAUUCAGAAUCCAACUCUUUGGAGAAAGUACCAGGCACACAAAAAAGCUAUGGAUGAAAAGAAUGGCAAUGUAAAAAAUGAGAAGCUUCUCUUCCAUGGAACGGAGGCUAUCUCUGUGCCACAGCUCAACAGUAAUGGAUUUAACCGCAGCUAUGCUGGGAAGAAUGCUACGGCCUAUGGGAAAGGAACCUAUUUUGCUGUCAAUGCUUCCUAUUCCGCAAAUGAUGUGUAUUCCAGACCAGAUGCCAAUGGGAAAAAAUAUAUGUAUUAUGUGCGGGUUCUCACUGGAAACUACACAAAUGGAAACUCGUCACUGAUUGUGCCUCCUUCAAGGGACCCUCAAAAUGCUACUGACUUGUAUGACACUGUUACAGAUAAUGAUAAAAAUCCGAGUAUAUUUGUAGUUUUUUAUGACAAUCAAGCAUACCCUGAGUAUCUUAUCACAUUUAGGCGGUAACACUUUGGGGUGCCUUCUGAAAGACAUCAUCGGUGUUCAUGUAUCUGUUGUAGGACAAAUUUUAGCUGUUUUCCUUCUUAAGCUUUCUCUAAGA